CUGGGUGGCGGGCGUGGCGCUGGGACCUGCUCCGCCGGUGACGUGCCCUCCUCCGGGACACCGAGGCCCGGACAGCUGGGCCGGGAGGCGCCGCCCACUCUUCCGGCCCUCUCUCGGAGCGCGGCCGGGGUUGAGCCGCGAGCGGCCGCGCCCAGACGCUUGGGCCUCCGCGACUAUUUGUUCCCCCACCGGAGGUGAGGAAGAUUUGAGUUUGCAGUCUUCACCUGGGAACAGCUUUAUGUUUUAGCUUUCCCCAGGCGGCUUAGACAGAGUAGUGCACGGCAUAUCUUUUAAUUAAAGCAUGGAAUACGGAAAACAAAAAACUUCGGUUAGUGUUUUAGUCUCAUCUGAAAUUCUACAGGUUCAAUGGUUGCAAGAAGUUAAAACCCACUCAGAGCAGCUCUGGUCAAGAGGGCUGCAGCAGACUCCCCAGGAUAGGAAGGGCAGUGGCCAAGAACAUGAGGCAUGUAUCUUAUAAGUAGUAUAUGGCAGAGUUUUAAGCCAAUCUGAGAGUCUGUUUUUCAGUAGAAAUUUCAAGCACUAUUUUUGACUACUACUUGCUACUGAAUGUUCAGUUGAUGAAAUUGAAGGUCUUUCACUCAGAAGAAAUAAAUCAAGAAGAACCCGAGGCUCGCGUGCUCCUGAGUCGCUGUGAAUGGCCCCAGCGCUCCUGACCACUCUUCCGGGUAGGAUGUCGCUGAGAUCCCUGAAAUGGAGCCUCCUGCUGCUGUCACUCCUGAGCUUCCUGGUGAUGUGGUACCUCAGUCUUCCCCACUACAAUGUGAUAGAACGCGUGAACUGGAUGUACUUCUACGAGUAUGAGCCCAUUUACAGACAAGACUUCCGCUUCACACUUCGAGAGCAUUCGAACUGCUCUCAUCAAAACCCAUUUCUGGUCAUCCUGGUGACCUCAAACCCCUCAGAUGUGAAAGCCAGACAGGCCGUUAGAGUUACUUGGGGUGAAAAGAAGUCUUGGUGGGGAUAUGAGGUUCUUACAUUUUUCUUAUUAGGCCAGCAGGCUGAAAGAGAAGACAAAAUGUUAGCAUUAUCCUUAGAGGAUGAACACCUCCUUUAUGGCGACAUAAUAAGACAAGAUUUUUUAGACACGUACAAUAACCUGACCUUGAAAACGAUUAUGGCAUUUAGGUGGGUAACUGAGUUUUGCCCCAACGCCAGGUACAUCAUGAAGACAGACACUGAUGUUUUCAUCAAUACUGGCAAUUUGGUGAAGUAUCUUUUAAAUUUAAACCACUCAGAGAAGUUUUUCACAGGUUAUCCUCUAAUUGAUAAUUAUUCUUAUAGAGGAUUUUACCAAAAAACCCAUAUUUCAUACCAGGAGUAUCCCUUCAAGGUGUUUCCUCCCUACUGCAGUGGGUUGGGUUAUAUAAUGUCCAGAGAUUUGGUGCCAAGAAUCUAUGAAAUGAUGAGUCACGUAAAACCCAUCAAGUUUGAAGAUGUUUAUGUUGGGAUCUGUUUGAAUUUAUUAAAAGUGGACAUUCAUAUUCCAGAAGAUACCAACCUUUUCUUUUUAUAUAGGAUCCAUUUGGAUGUCUGUCAACUCAGACGCGUGAUUGCAGCCCAUGGCUUUUCUUCCAAGGAAAUUAUCACAUUUUGGCAGGUUAUGCUAAGGAACACCACAUGCCAUUAUUAAUUUGACAUUCUACCCAAAGCCUAGAGAAGGGAGGGAUACUUUGUGGAAAACGUUAAAGUUAGACUAUGAAAUCUCCAAUGGAAAACUCAUGGGAAGGUCACUGUGUGGCUUACACGGAACUGAAACUCAUGAAGAGGCUAUAGGCUGGAGACUGGAGGGUUGUACUUGACCUGUGGUUUAUUUUGACAACAAUCAAGUCAGGCCUUUUAAAGAUGAGAUUCAGAGGAAUUAAACAUCUUAUAAAGGAAUGGGAAGUUUUUGUUAAUAAAACACAUAGGACCAAACAAUUUGAACGUGUCGUUCUAUAGAUUAAAACUUCUUAAAUGGGUUUCAUUGAAUUAUAAGCUCAUCUGUCCAUAACAGCAAAGCAGUGUGGAGUAUUAUUCAUUGAACAAUCUAGUCAGUUCAGGGUUUUGUGUAUAUCUUACAUGGAUUACAGUUUUUUAAAAUAUAUAGUUGUGUGUAAAACAAGUGAAGUUAAUGCUGAACAAAAUUUCAUCUCUUUUUGGUCAUUCGGAAGAUACUUCAGGAUGUUGCAGUAUUUCAGUUAUCAAUUAUUAUUUAAUGGUACUUAAAGUUUUGCACUUUUAUGGGUGUUUGAAUGUUAUGGUUGUUUCAAUACUGUAUAAACAGAAUAGUGAAAAAAUCACUCUUUAUAUUUAAACUUCUUUUCCAGUUACUUCACUGAUGAGUUUAUUAUGAAUACCUCCAUUAAUGUGUAGAUAUUGGUCAUUAUUGCAUAUCAGUAAUCUCCUGAACUUUGAUAAAUAUUUCUUCGUGGUAAUAUAGAGAAGAAUUAAAGCAAGAAGAUCUAAAUUAUUGUCUUGUUUUAAAAAAUAUAAUCCCUGGUGUUUUUAGAUGUCACUUCAUCUGUCUCAUUGUUCCACCUGGAAAUUAGGAGUAAUGUAGAGCGCCAGGCAGCAUGUUUCCUUUUGGAAAGGACUCUGAAGCCAGAAAGAAGAGAGAGAACGUGAUGACCAGAAUAUUAUGAAAGGAGUGGCAUAUUUCAGUGCUUGAGCUGGAAAGAGAAGACUAAAGAUUCAAGUUGCAUUGUUAACUGCUCCGUGUUUUUUUUAAAUUAACAAUCAGUUUGAGAAUAAAAAGGAAGAAAAAAACA